GGAAGCAAGAAAAGAGAAGAAACCGUUAAGUCUUGGUUUUCAUGGAAAUAUCGUAGAUCUUUGGUAAGAACAAGAAGUUUCUGUUGGAUAUCCCCUGGAUACCUCGAGGAUACAUGUUUCUCAUAGUUAUAUCUCUGAGAAAAAAUUAUUUCCCAGGAAUUUCGGAAACGUUUUUUGUUUCCCAAGUCUACUUUUUGUUGCGGAAGAAAUGUCAUCUGGUUUGCCACUCUCCAAACAACCGAUAUUUUCUUUUUCUACAGGGAAAGGCUUGCAAGCGAGGAUGAGAUGUUGGUAGACAUGGGUUCAGAUCAAACCUCACUUCACAAUCCAUACAAUGGCGGCUACUAUCCAGCUGGGCUCACUUUUGAAGAAGCCAAUCAAUUGAUGACGAAUGAUGCGGGGAAAUUUAAGGAUACUGUUCAAACGAGGUGAAGUUCGGGCCAUUGAAGGCACACAGUGGUUGGCGCAUGUGCGACCGGCCAGGUUUUAAAUUUGUAAUCCCCGCUUACACAUUGAAUGAUUUCGUUAAUACAAGAAUUAAAUCACUUUAGUUUAAAACGACAAGUGGCCGCCAUUAAUAAGUUAUCAUCGCGAGGAAUGUACUUCUUUGAUUAUGGAAAUGCAUUUCUACUGGAAGCAAGCAGAGCUGGUAAGUGUUAUAAAUAGAAUGAAAAGAGUACUAGUUGAAGAGUGUUUCUUAACACGUAGAAAAUAUUUGAUGUUAAGGUGCUGAUGUUGGUCUAAAAGAAGAUGGAACAUUUCGGUAUCCUUCUUAUGUGCAGGAUAUAAUGGGGUAUGUCCCUGAAAUAUUUCAUUGAAGUAUAGGAUAAAUAUUUUUUUCAAUCUUUUUUCUUUCAGUUUAUUUUUUUCAAUCAAUGCAUUGUGCCUUCUUUACAUGCUUCCCUUCUAGUUUUCCCUGCCUCUUCGUUUGUAUUUCUGUGGUAACUUUCAUUGACUUUACAUCGGAACUUAACAUCCACUAAUCUUAUGUGUUUCAGCAAUAUAUUCUCACUUGGGUUCGGACCGUUCCGGUAAGUAGACACGUAUUCUCACUGAAUCAAUUCUAAGAAGUUUUAUGUCAAAGAUAAGUACAGCAUAGUUCUUGGAAUUUUGUUAAGGUGGGUUUGUACGUCAGGAUUUCCUGAAGAUCUCGUAGUGUCAGAUAAAAUUGCCACAGACGUUUUGGAACACAUCAUGAAACAAGGAGGUGAGAUCACUAAGGUACACUGAGCGAAUCACAGGGCUCCGUUGGUUUGAACCUGACGUCAUGGCAGCCAUGUUGGAAGAACAUUAACAAAAUAAUACCAUUAGCAGCUAUUGUGUUUGUUGCGUGCUUUCUACGUCCUCCAAUACGGCUUGAUGACAACUUGCGACAAGGUUGAUGAGCUCAACAGACUUGUUACAAGUUGUUCCAACAAAUAACAACAUUGUUACAACUUGUUGACAAGCUUGUUGAUAAGUUGUGAGGUUUUUACGUGUGAUACAAGAGUUCAUAUUUUGCAUUCUGUGUCUAGUUCCAAAAGAGGUGAAACCACAGUAUGAAGACAACAUUAAGUGGAUUAAGAAAGCUCAAGAAAAUAAGCUGGUUGUUGGCUCACAAGCUCGUAUUUUGUAUUCUGAUCAAAACGGAAGAGUGGCAAUCGCUCUGGCAUUCAAUGAAGCGAUUGCAGACAAGAGAAUUAAAGUAAGUGAAGAGAAAGUGAGAAGGAAGAUAUUCAACAGGGUACUCCACUUCGCAUUCAUAAGAAUUAGCUAUUAUCAACUGAAGCCCUUAAGAAUAUGAAGAAAUAUCUCUCCUAGCUUGCAGGUAGCUCGGAUCCCCUAGUAAUUGGGCAAUAGCCUGUUAACCUUAUAUUUGGCGUUUUCUUCUUAGGGUCCCAUCGUUGUAAGUCGAGACCAUCAUGACGUCAGCGGGACAGACAGGUAACUAUAGCAACAGUAUACCUUUCAUGAUCACCUCGAUGACCGGGCAGUGUAUGGCAGUGUAUGCAUGGUUCUAUUACUGCAAUAUAUUAACAUUCUACGUAGGCUAGCCAGUUAGAAAAACACGGUUCUGCACAAGCUUGUGAGUACAAGCAGUUUUCCUGCUCAAGUCAUCGUCGAAAUGUUUCAUUGCUUGUUUCUUUGUUUUCCAGCCCAUACCGAGAGACAUCAAAUAUUUUUGAUGGGUCGAAUAUUUGCGCAGGUAAAUUACAGUAUUUCAUGAAUUUGAUUGAACAUUAUUCAUUGAUGAUUGUAAUAAAACAAAUCGAUAUGGUAUUUUUAAGACAUGGCUGUACAAAACGUCAUCGGUGAUUCAUUCCGCGGCGCAACUUGGGUGAGCCUGCACAAUGGUGGUGGCGUUGGUUGGUAAGUGAUGGUAUUUGACGUUUCACUUAAGUAUUCCCCUUCCUCUCUGUCACUCUCCUCCUACCCUACCCCCUCCUCCUACCCUCCUCCUACCCUACCCCUCCUCCUACCUACCCCCUCUUCCUACCCUACCCCUCCUCCUACCUACCCCCUACCCCCUCCUCCUACCCCAGUUACAAUGCUGCCUAUGUUUAUGUUUAUUUUUGGAACCAGGGGCGAAGUUACGAAUGGUGGGUUUGGGCUCGUUCUGGAUGGCUCAGAGGUACUGUAUUAUCACCACUGAUGAUUAUCACUAAUAAAUAAGUUUUUCGUUAACAACCCUGGAUUAAACUAACCAACUUUUGUCCAACCAGGAACCAGCCCCAUGAAUGAUGUCGUUGUUCUUUGUGUUUAGGAUGCAGCAAAGCGCGCCAAAAGUAUGUUGUCGUGGGAUGUAUCUAAUGGAGUAAGUUGACAUAUGUUUAAUUUUAUUCUCGAAUUUACUCAAGACUUGGGUUCUCCAUCGUUAAACAUCGUAAAGGCCUGCUUCCACGGGCGCUUUCUUCGGCGAAAUGCGGAAAAAAAUUUUGAGAAAAAAUAUUAAAAAUUACAGAGAAAAAAUUUCGAAGAAAAAAUAGAAAAUAUUAAUAUAUUAAAAAUUCGCUCUUCACCAGUAAGUAGAAGUCAGUUCUAGUCACUGCGAAAGCGGAAAAAUUCAAUGGAAUCGCUCAUGUGCAACCGUCCGUAUAAACUUUCUUUACAGUCGUUUAUUUGAAUGAUGUUAUUCUGGCCAUUGUCGUUACAUUGCCGUCCUACACACGUAAAAAUCUCACAACUUGUCAACAAGAUGUGUUCGCAACAGGCUUGUAGCAAGCUUGUCAACAAGUUGUAACAAUGCUGUUAUUUUAUCAAGUUGCUACAAGGUUGUCACUCGCAACUUGUUGAAUUGCAGGACGAUAACAAGUUGUUGGAACAACUUGUAACAAGUCUGUUGAGCUCAACAAUCUUGUAGCAAGUUGUCAACAAGCCGUUGACAACUUGUCAACAAGCUUGGAACAAGCAGUGCGAACACAUCCUGUUGACAAUUUGUUGGAACAGCAUUGCUACAAGUCUGCUGCAGGUUUGUUACAACUUGUGCGUUUUUACGUGUGUAGAUCGUAAGGUCUCUAAUGUCACAUGCACAAAAACGAGGCUGAAUAGCCAAAGUAACUUACGAAGGGUGUAUUCAGUUAUGUUUGGUCACUUCUGUGCCGCGUACAUCAAAAUCGAUCGCAAUUUUUCUGUUCUCAUAGUUCCAGGCCCUAAAAUGUAUUCAAUUUGUUCCAUUUAAGGUGGCUAGACGAUGUUGGAGCGGCAACGACAACGCCAAACUGACCGUCGGCAGAGCAAUGGCGGCAGAGAAGAGACUGAAGGUCACUGUACCCUACACAGUUGAAGAUGAGAACCUCAUCAGACGUGCAUUGGAUAGUACAGGAGUAACAAAUGGGAGCUCAUGAAAUGAAAAACUGAAAUAUAUGAAUAAUCUUAUUCCUUUGCGGGAUAUACUAUAGAAAUAAAUUAUUAUUUCAAGUGAACUAAUUUUGACUUUCAGUAAAAGAUAUCUAUUUUGCAUAUAAAAUGUGAGAGAAAUGUGCGUUUUGUAGUAUUUAAAUUUGACUAUGUUGUACCAAGGCUAUAAAUUAACAGAAAUAUUUAAAUAAACGCA